CCCGGACAACAUUAUCGUUUUUGUCUCCUUUUUCCAUGCUCGCUCGGUUGCUUUUUGCUUUCCCGCUUUUGCCCCUGUGGGCGGCCUCCUUUUUUUUUUUUCUUUCUUCUUUAUAAUAGGGGCGGCGGCACCUCCUUGGUCUCGAACCUAUAUUUGACCGCUCCCUUCCUUCCCCGCUCUCGCUUAUAUAAAGCAAAAAAGAAGCCCUCGAAAGCACCACAACCACCGCUUGGUCCGCUUCCUCCUCAAUCCUCCAUUAUUGUUAAUAUCAUUAUCAGCCACCAAAUCCUUCGAUCCUCUUCCGUACUGCGGAAACUGAAAAAGAGAGAAAGAAGAAGCCGUCAAUGGCGCCUUCCAAGGAGAAGAAGCUCUAUCCCGCCCAAAUCAAGAACAACGACGGCGGGAGGAAAGAGAUGCAUUACAGGGGAGUUAGGAAGAGGCCGUGGGGGCGUUACGCCGCCGAGAUUCGGGAUCCGGGGAAGAAGACUCGUGUUUGGCUGGGAACCUUCGAUACGGCGGAGGAAGCCGCUAGGGCGUACGACAAGGCGGCGCUCGACUUCCGCGGCUGCAAGGCCAAGACCAACUUCCCCAUCCCCAACGAUAUCCCGGCUCCCAAGGCGGUUGAUGGCCUGGAGAACAGGCAGAGCCCCAGCCAGAGCAGCACCGUCGAAUCGUCCGGGCCACCUGUGGUGCCGCGCCAGUUGGAUUUCUUCCGCCCUCUCCCUCCUCCUCCUGUUGUCGGCGGCGCUGAUGCUGGGUUUGUCGGCAGGUUUCCUUUCGUUUUCCAGGUGAAUCAGCCGCCGCCGCCUCCGCCGCAGUGCGCUGUGUCUCCGGUGUGGUUCUUUGACAAAAUUGUGAAGCCAGAGCUCCCACCCCUGGCCGUCGACACCUACAGCCGGUGCGACGAGGGGGAGCAGAGCGAGACGGAUUCGACGUCGUCGGUGGUUUUAGAUUGCAAGGAAAACGGCAAGCGGCGGGAAGUUCCGGAUCUGGAUCUGGAUCUCAACCUCGCCCCACCAGUGAACGCUUGAUGGGCCCUUUUUGAAAUCUCAGGCGCUAAUCAAUGACUCAGCGUUGUUUUUUAUUUUUAAUCUUUCCAGUUCCCCCAACUAAUUAUAGCAAAAGCUUGAGCUAAUUAGAGAAUCGUAGGAAGGAACGGGGGAGCCAGAUCUGAUAAACAUUAUGAGGCUCUUCCACCAUUUUGAUGUAAAUAAGUCUCUCUCGUAUGAUCAUCAGGAAAACCCAACUCGGGGAAGGAAACGAAAUCCUUUUUUUUUUCUAUUUUUGCAACCCAUCAGAGAAGAAGUGAUGUAUUAUACUCUUCAUCAAUCUAAGUUGAGUUGUUCAUUAUUUGGUGCCAAGUUGUAAGCUCGGAUGUAUAUUCAAAUCUGAAGUUCUUUCUAUUCUCCCUUCAUGAUGCUGGGUUUCAUUUCAAGUAAGAAUCUGAAUUAAUUAGCGAAAGCCAGUAAGCCACCGACGGGAAGAUAAUAGAAAGGCGGCGAAUACCAUAACUGCGUUGAGAACGGAGAAGAGUUGUUUAUUGUUGGAAAGCGGUGGCCGUCGGAAGGUAAAUGGUACAGCAGAGGGACCCGCCGCCGAGAUCAAUGGGAGGAAGGGAAUGCCGUGUUGACCUGGUUGGCGGAAUGGCGGUGAGUGGUGUUACAGCUUAUCGUCUCCACCGUUUGGCGGCACGUGUACAGCUUUGCCGUCCCACCGCUUUCCACCAAAAUUAAUUAACCCCUUGAAUGAUAUCCAUUCAAAUCCCCUCCUCCAUUUUGCAAUUGGAUGUUUGACUCAUUCAAUUUUACUCUUUGGCAUAUAGAAAUAUUUCCUUUGUAUUGAUAGUUUAUUUCGUAAUUAAUUCGUAUGUAAAUUGUUGUUCAGUGAUUUUAUAUCGUUAAAUCAUCUAUCAAAUUAAAUUUUUGCUGAAAAUUAUGGGGGUCGGAUCAUCAAUAUAAUACAAUUUCACAAAUUUUGUCAUGAAACUGUGAUUUAUAUGUAUUUUUAAUUGUAGUUCAACUGCUUUAUAUUUCGGAUGGAUUAUAGUGGAUCAUACAUACACCUCUAUUUGAAUUUUGAGGAGGAGGGGAUGGAGAGGAAGGUGGAAACGGGAUGGCCGGUGGGACUGGUGGGGUCUGUUGUCAACUAAUGCCAGAGGUUGGAUUUUUCUGUGUGUUCCCGAGCGAGCAAGCAAAACCCAAUUCUUAAUUAUUUUAUAUUAUAUUCUGCCGCCACGCUUAGCAGGCUGCCACUUUAUUAGUUUGGAAUUUGGAUGGUGGGGUUUCUCUGGUUUCCGCCGAAUCUAUGGCUGUGGGUUCCCGCCUCGUAAGCGAGGGCGGCGUUUUCAACUUGAGGUGAAGGCUUUGUGACGUGUCGAGCUGGCGCCUUGGCGGCCAUUGAGGGCGCCUGCGGGAAGGGAUGACUGAAUCUGCAGUGUGAAGGAUGGCCUACACGUGGUAGAGGUCUAAGAUCGGAUGCAUAUGGUCAUACACAUUUGCAUAAUUACAUAUACAGAUCAACUCGACGUUAGAUCUAAAUUGUGAGAUUAAAUGAUAUUUUUAUUU